AUGAAAUCGAUUGAAAAAGAUGAUAGUGAAUAUGGUUUCACAAGGCUCAAUUCUUCGAAUUUUACUUUGCCAAAUUCUUUAGGCUUUUUGGCUGGUGCUCUAAUUGUCAUGUCCCUCUUAGGGCUAGCUUUCAUUCCAUGGCUCAACUACAAGAUAAAAACUUUGGACAACGACCAAGAUGCUUAUUUGAUCAUGAUCAAGAUGAGAUUAGCAGAAAAAGAACAAAUACUAUCUUUUUUGAGGACAGAAGCUACGACUUUGCAAAUCAAGAUAGUGGAAUUAAUUCGAGAUAGAAGGACACGCAAACUAAGGUUAAGACGCCCUAUAAACGAUAUGCUAAAAACGAAGACCAAUUAUGAAUCUAUAGAAGUAUUCCGGAAUAGAAGGUAUAAAAGGGAAGUGGAAACAAAAAUUAUAGAUACACCAAUAGAAUUGCCGGCUGAAAUUCCAGUGGAAAUUUCAGUGAUUGGCAAAGAAAUAUUAUUUGCCCAAAAGGCUAGUCAGCAAACGCAAUUCAUCGACGCUCUACCUAAAGUGGAAAGUUCUGGAGAUAGGGUAGAGGCUCAAUAUAGACCAUUUUCCCCCGAAAUAGAAGAGAUAGAAUCCGGUUUCAAUAGAGGAGGAUCUAGAUCCGGCCAAAGUAGCAGAAUAUCGGUUUCUUCAUUUGAAAAUUCUGCAAGAAGGGUUAAUAGUGGUUCUUCCUCACAAAGUUUUAAUAGCAAUGGAGCUGGGCGGAAUGGAAAAGCUCAAUCAAAUAAUGGUUGUAAAACGUGCCUCCAUGGUAGGCCAGGUGUGAGUGGUAGGCCCGGAAGGCCAGGUUCUCCUGGCAGAUUGGGCGAUCCUGGUCAGGAUUCUUUGCAGCCUGGUAAUCCUGGACAUCCCGGUGAGUAUGCUAAACCUGGUUCACCCGGCCCUAAAGGUCCACCAGGUCCCCCUGGGGCGGACUCAGAACCUGGAGCAGAUGGCCAGCCAGGGGUAGAUGGACCAGAUGGCAAUAGUGGUAACCCUGGAAAAGAUGGAGAAGACGGCAGCCCCAGCUUGCAUGAUGGCGAAACAGGCAAAGCCGGAGACAUGGGUCGACCAGGAGGAAAAGGACUGCCCGGUAAUGCUGGGCGAGACGGUUCACCCGGUACACCUGGAAGAGAUGGAGAAAGGGGAGAAUCUGGAGAAUUGGGCCUUCAAGGAGAAUCAGGAGCUGAUGGAUUCAAUGGUGAUCCUGGCCAAAAGGGAAAGGACGGGAUUCCUGGCCAAAUCGGGGCAUCUGGAAGAGACGGAUUACCGGGACUGGAAGGAGAAAAGGGACAAAGAGGAUCGCCAGGCAAAAACGGAAUAGAUGGACCUCCAGGAAAGCCGGGUGUUGACGGAGAACCCGGUCGAGAAGGUAAUCCUGGUCAAAAUGGGGAAAAGGGGAUAAAGGGACCUGCUGGUCUAAGAGGAAGUUCAGGAGGGACAUCCCACGGUAAUGACGCUUUCCCAGGUAUGGACGGUCGACCAGGUCGAGACGGUAUGCCGGGUCGAGACGGGAACCCAGGGCAAGACGGUCGGCAAGGAGAAUCUGGCAAAGCAGGUUCGGACGGAAUUUCAGGUCGGCAUGGAAAAUCUGGAUUUGAUGGAAAACCGGGUAUAGCCGGUAAACCCGGUAUUGAAGGAACUCCCAAUUUUGAGGUCGGAGAUCCGGGAAUUUCAGGCGACCCUGGAAGAGAUGGCCUUAACGGAGAAGAUGGAAAAGAUGGCAAGGAUGGUGCUCAUGGGCUUGACGGGGUAGAUGGCAGAGAUGGAGACGUGGGGCUACCCGGUCCUGAUGGCCCAGAAGGUCAUACCGGUAGCGAUGGAGAACCAGCCAUAGAUGGUCCAGUUGGAAACAAAGGCCCGAGAGGUGAAAGAGGGGACAGAGGGUUGCAGGGAGCUUCUGGGUCUUCGGGAGAAGCUGGCAGUGGCGGGAGAGCGGGAGCAUUGGGACCUCGCGGGGAACCUGGACCUGAUGGUGAACCAGGAAUGCCAGGAGAAGAGGGUAACUCCGGACCCCGAGGUAAAAUGGGACCAUAUGGCCCGGCUGGCCCUGAGGGCAUACCAGGAAUACCGGGACGUGAUGGAACACCUGGGAUACCUGGACUACCAGGCCAGGAUGAUACUUGUGGAUGUGGGGCAGCACAGUCUGGACCAUCUUAUUUGGGUUCAUCCGUUUUCGUUAGAUGGGGUGUCGUUUCAUGUUUUAGUUCUGAGGGAACUACGACAGUUUAUUCAGGCACCAUAGCAGCUGGCGAUUCAGAGGCACCAGGAAGUGGGGCAAGAUUCGAGUGCUUACCUUACAAAUCCGAACUGAACAUCGAUUUUGAAUUUGACAGUCGGUCUAAGAUAUUCGGAGCUGUUUAUCUAAACCCAGCCAGGUUGGGUAAAGUGGCGGCAUGCGCUCUAUGUUUUGCUCCUAGAAAUGCCUUGGUCAUGGUUCCCGGGGUUUCAUUUUGUCCUGGGCAAUGGACUCAAGAAUAUAGUGGAGUUUUGAUGGCCGAAGGAGAACAUUACACUCGUUCCCAAUAUAUAUGCGUCGAUAGAGCUCAAGAAUCACCUUUCUCCCCUACUGGUAAGCAAUUCAGACUCAGAGGACAACAUAAAAAUCUUGCAGGUCUAAGUUUAGUUGGCCUAGAGUGCGGAGUUCUACCAUGUUAUCAAUACAAGCAUAAGGGUCCAAUCCCUUGUGUUGUAUGCACUUUUUAAUCAUUUUCAAUUAAUUUAUGAACCAAUAAUUU